AUGUCGGCCAGUGCGGGGGACGAUGCCCCCUUGUCGGGCCUGAAUGCGGUCUCCUCGAUCGUGCGCCGCGACUUUUCGCGCAUGCCGCUCAAGAUUGAUCACAAUAGCCGCCCCCUGUGGAUCUCGCCGGACGAUGGGCACAUCAUUCUCGAAGGAUUCAAUACGCUCGCCGAGCAGGCGCAAGACUUUCUCAUUGCGAUCGCAGAGCCUGUCAGCCGCCCGAGCUUUGUGCACGAGUACAAAUUGACGCCUUACUCGCUCUAUGCGGCGGUUUCGGUCGGCUUGGAGCCGAACGACAUUAUCGAGGUGCUGAACCGCCUGUCCAAGGUGCCCGUGCCCAAGUCCGUGCUCGAUUUUAUCCGCGAGUACACGGCGAGCUUUGGCAAGAUCAAGCUGGUUUUGCGGCAAAACAAGUACUUUGUUGAGAGCUCGCACCCCGAGAUUCUGCAGAUGCUCCUACGCGACGAAGUCAUUGCGGAAGCACGCAUCAAGCCCGACGCCACCGCGGCGCCGGCACGGCCCGAAGCAGCGCCGAAAGCGCCAACCGCGACGUCUGCUGCCGCGCCGAGCCAAGGCGAGCAAGAGGGCACAGGCACGCCGGGCGCUCAGCCGGCCGGCGAGCAGGACCUCUUUAGCGCGGUGAUUGGCGUGUACGAUGCCGACGAGCUCGACGAGGACGACGCGGUGCACAGUUUCGAGAUCCGCGAAGAGUUUAUCGAGACGGUGAAGCGGCGCUGCAAUGAGCUCGGUUUUCCUAUGCUUGAGGAGUACGACUUCCGCAACGACCGGCUGAAUCCCGACCUGGACAUUGACCUAAAGCCUAUCACGCAUAUCCGGCCGUACCAGGAAAAGAGUCUUGCCAAGAUGUUUGGUAACAGUCGCGCACGCAGCGGCAUUAUUGUGCUGCCGUGUGGCGCCGGCAAGACCUUGGUCGGGAUUACCGCUGCGUGCACGAUCAAAAAGUCGUGCCUCGUGCUUUGCACCAGCAGCGUGAGUGUCAUGCAAUGGCGGCAGCAGUUCCUGCAGUGGAGCAACGUGCAAGACUCGCAGAUCAGCGUAUUCACUGCGGACGAGAAGCAAAAGUUCUCGGGUGCGUCGGGUAUCGUCGUGUCGACCUACUCCAUGGUAGCCAACACCGGCAAGCGCUCGCACACCUCGCAAAAAAUGAUGAACUUUUUGGAGAGCCGCGAAUGGGGUUUCAUCUUGCUGGACGAGGUGCACGUCGUGCCCGCUAGCAUGUUCCGUCGCGUCCUGACCAAGAUCAAGGCGCAUGCCAAGCUCGGCCUUACUGCGACGCUCGUGCGUGAGGACGAAAAGAUUGACGAACUGAAUUUCCUGGUCGGUCCCAAGUUGUAUGAAGCCAACUGGAUGGACCUCGCCGCGAAAGGGCACAUUGCGACGGUGCAGUGCGCCGAGGUAUGGUGCUCCAUGACCGCUGAGUUCUACCGCGAGUACCUCCGCGAAAAGAGCCGCAAAAAGAUGCUACUGUACUGUAUGAACCCUACCAAGUUCCAGGCGGCGCAGUACCUGAUCCAGUACCACGAGAACCGGGGCGACAAGAUCAUUGUGUUUUCUGACAAUGUGUACGCUUUGGAGGCGUACGCCAUCAAGCUAGGCAAGCCCUACAUCCACGGCGGCACGCCGCAGAUUGAGCGCAUGCGCAUUCUGCAAAACUUCCAGCACAACCCGAUCGUCAAUACCAUCUUCCUGUCCAAGGUCGGCGAUACGUCGAUCGAUUUGCCGGAAGCGACGUGCCUCAUCCAGAUCUCGUCGCACUUUGGCUCGCGUCGUCAAGAGGCGCAGCGUCUCGGCCGCAUUCUGCGUGCCAAGCGCCGCAAUGACGAGGGCUUCAACGCUUUCUUUUACAGUCUCGUGAGCAAGGACACGGCCGAGAUGUUCUACUCGACAAAGCGGCAGCAGUUCCUGAUCGACCAGGGCUAUGCGUUCCGCGUGAUUAUGAAUUUGGUGGGCCAGCAAGAGAUGCCAGGCCUCGUCUACUCUACCAAGUCGGAGCAGAUUGAACUCUUGCAGAGCGUGCUGAUCGCUUCGGAGAGCGCCGCCGACUUUGGCUCCGACGUGCACGCGGGCGAAAUGGGCCUCGCGCCCGGCAGCGCGCCCAAGGCCAAGCGGAUGACCGGCAGCCUCAACGCAUUGAGCGGUGCACAGCACAUGUCCUAUGUGGAACGCAACCGCUCCAUGAACCGCUCUCUGGCCAACGACCAGCCGCGGCACAAGGCGUUCCAAAAGCGCCUCGCUGGCGCCAAGAAGCGUACAUAG